GUGUGAAAUGAGCAAAAAACUCAGAGUGGACAAAGACUGCUCCAGUGAAGAUUCGUCAGAUAGAAGUUCUUCUGAAGAUGAUGUCACUGACGAAACCUUGACUGGGGAUAAGGUCUUGGAGAGAGAUGUGUCUGACGAUUCCUCAGGUUCAGCUUCAAAAUUUUGUAAGCAAAUCAAGGAUGUAGGAAAAAAUCCCAUCCCAGUUUCAGAUGCAACUCUUCCAAAUCGGUGUAAAUCCAUUGGUGCCAAGGGAAUUCAAAUAAUGAUCAAUGAGGAAUUCAGCUUUUUUAAGAGAUACGAACAAGCUAACCAAAUUCAUCACUCCUCCCUGAAGUGUACAACAUGUUUAUGUCAGUUGUUUCUUGGUAAUCCAAAAAACAUUCAAAUUCAUCCUGUUUUGGGUGUGUUGUUGUGCAGUGCUUGCAGAGAGUUUUACGAUAACGCUCCAUUUACGAAAAGUGUAAACGGACACGAUGAAUAUUGCCGCUGGUGUGCCGAAGGCUGUAGGGCUAUACGCUGUGAGACAUGUUCAAAUGUAUUUUGCAAGGCAUGUCUACGACGUUGUCUGGGACGUACAUCUUAUGCAGAAAUCGCCGGCGGUAAAUGCAAAUGGAAUUGCCUAGUUUGCAACAAUCUUCCCAUUUGGGCUCCAAGAGCUUUAGCGAGAAUGGUGAUGACCGCAAUUAACCGUAGGCCUUGCGUCGAACCAAUCCUGGCUGCAGUUGAUGCCAAUGAUCCAGCUGUUUGGUUGCCAAACAUGAUAGAUAAAGUAGAAAAUUUGGCCGAACAUUGUAAGAAACUAGCUGCAAAGAUUAGAAGCGGUUGGGCUAAAGAAAAUGAAGAGAUUCAAAGAAAAGGUAAUCGAAGCGAUUGCGUCGCCAAAGAAACUGACAAAUUUGCCGUCAUCGAUUGCUGCCGUAAGCUUCGCAGAACUGUGACCAAAACUCACUUCAAUAUGAAAUUGUUGGAAAAGAAGAUAAUUACCAAAUUUAAAAAGACAUAUGGCACUAUCACCGAUAUCGACAUUGACGUAUCCCGUGAAAAAUCCAACUCAAAGCUAAAAUCAGCUAGCCAAGAAGACAAAACAAACGUGUUCAAAAUUCACGGUUUUCCAGAUAGAGACAGAGAGCGGGAGGACUUUUGUGAGUCCGUGGAAUGUUCACCCUCUCUUGCAUCCAAUGCGCCGCAUGCACUUCCAUUGGAGUGUUUCCGUGAUCUCGCUAAUUCAUAUGACAAAACUCCGUCACGAACAAAAAAGUCGUCUGACGUCAAUGGCAAAGCAACUAAAGAAGAAGCUGCGCCGGAACUGAGCCAGACGGAGUGCACUAACGACAGUCAUUCAGUGGCCAAGUCAAAUUCGAAGAUGGCGACGUUAUCGAACCAAAAUUCGAAAUGUCUCGGUUCGUUUGAACCAUCAACGCUUGACCUAAACGAAAAGGCAAGGCGAGAUCUAUUGAAAGAUUCCACCGAUUCGGACUCAACACACUCUUCAGAUUCAGAUAUGAGUCUAGCUCAGUUACAGCUUACCUUACGUGGAAAAACUAAUAGCAGACAUAGCUCGGUACCAUCGAAGGACGAUCCAAAGUUAAAGUGCCAAUGUGUCGUUAUUCUUAAUCGCAUUACCGAUACGGACAUUACCUUUGUUCAAGCUGAAAAACAAAAAGUAGACAGACAUGAUCAGGAAAUUGAUCUUCUGAUGAAAGAUCCCUUAAAGAUUAAGAGGCUAGGUCGAAUGGAAUCUGAAUCAGAAACCGAUUCAGCCACAGAAAAAGCAAACCAGUUUACAAGAGGAAGUCCAAAGCCAGAAAACCCUUGUGCUAAGAAAAGACGCCCCCGAAUAGUAGAAAUGAGGUCGUCAUCAUCGUCGGACGAUGAUAUUGAAACGAAUGUGGAAGAGAUUACCAUUCCCAAGUUUUCAGCAACUCCUUUGAUGCGUGAUCGCGAAGAGACUACACGCCAAGCUUUGCUUGCUCCUAGCGACUCGGACACAGAUACUUUAACGUCUGAAACCGAAAAUGAAAAUUCAAACAAUGAGGUUGUUGUGGAACCCACAAAACAAAAUUCUCCUGACCACGACAACGAGAAAAUAAUACAGAAAGAAAAGGUAGACAAAGAAGUCGAGGUGGUAGAUCUAACGUGUGACUGGGAAGAAACUGCAAGCGUUUCUAAUAUCGAAACAGACAAAUUACUAAGCAUGUCUCUCCACGAUCCUGAAGCCAAAACAAACGGAAACCGUGAAGAUAAAAAAACCAAAAAGGAAGCCAAGAGAAGAGGAAAAAAGAAACGUAGGGACCAGUCGAAUUCAGAUGCUGAAAUAUCAGAAUCUGGCAUAGAAAAUAUGGUUAAAAGAAUCCGUUUGAGUUCAUCUGCUGACGAAAGAGUUUCUGACGAUGGAGAUGAUGACUCGGCUAACGAGGCAUUGGCGGAAUCUUCAUCACCUGUAGAAACAAAACAAGUGGCCACAGGAAACUCAAGAGAUUCCAGCGAUUUAGAUGGUGAAGAUUUGAACACAUCCCAACGUUCUGAAACUAGUACCUCAAAAGGAAGAAAGACAAUAAGAAAAAUCAUGGCUGAUACAAGUCUCACUGAUGAAACAAAAGCCGCUGCGAGAGAGGAGGAGAACCGAAAGAGACGCAUUGCAGAACGUCAAAAAUUCUAUAACGAAGCUUUUGUUUGUAGUUCUGCUGUUGCCGAAACCCAAACGAAUAGCUUAGUUCUGGAUUUUGAUCCAGUAACCAAGGAAGAAUUGAUCACCGUCGAUAAACGAAUAGUCUCGAAGUUAAAACUCCAUCAAGUUCAAGGAAUCAAAUUCAUGUGGGAUGCCUGUUUUGAAUCCGUGGAGAGACUCAAACAACAUCCUGGCUCUGGAUGCAUUCUGGCGCAUUGUAUGGGCCUGGGCAAAACUCUACAGGUCGUUACUUUGGUACAUACUGUAGUCACAAACAAAAUGUGUCAGGUAGAUCGUGUUCUCGUAGUGUGUCCCGUAAACACAAUCCUCAACUGGGUCAACGAGUUUAAAAUAUGGCUUGGGACAACAUCAGGAGUUGAUGUGUAUGAAAUUACUACUUCAUACUCCAAGAACAGCAACAAAGAUGCGAUCCGCGUGCAAACGUUAAGCAGGUGGUUUAAAGGCGGAGGAGUUCUGGUCAUAGGCUACGCGAUGUACCUGCAUCUAACUAGCGAAAAUAGCAAAGUGGUUAAACCACAGGAAGAACGUGACCUGUAUAUGUCUUCGUUGGUUGACCCUGGACCGCAUUUGGUCGUAUGUGAUGAAGGCCACUGUUUGAAAAACGAAAAAACGGCUUCCUAUGAAGCGCUGAAUAAAAUAGCCAGCCGUCGUCGUAUCGUCUUAACAGGCACACCGCUUCAGAACAACCUCGAGGAAUAUUUCUGCAUGGUUCAGUUCGUCAAACCCAACCUCCUGGGAACAGUGGCAGAGUUCAAGAAUCGUUUUGCAAAUCCCAUUAAGAACGGGCAAGCGGCCGAUUCUACCGAUGAUGACGUAAAGUUAAUGAAACGAAGGGCACAUGUUUUACACAAGAUGCUCCAAGAUUCCGUUCAGCGAUUUGAUUAUAGAGUUCUAACCCCGUUUCUACCUCCAAAGUACGAAUACGUGAUAUCAAUCAAGUUGUCAGAGAUACAAACGCAAAUGUACCAGUACUAUUUGGAGAAUCACACCAUAGGUGGCCCGAAACAUUCCAGUCGUAUUAAAGCAACUGGACUCUUUGCUGAUUACCGAGAAUUGUCUCGCAUUUGGACUCACCCUAAAGCGUUGCAUUUGGCUGCAGUUAAUCACAGCAAAGCGAAGAUAAAAAGCUAUAGUGAUACGAAGACUACUAAUGUGGAUGCAACUGGGGAAGCGAAACAAGUGAGGCACUCUUAUGUGGACCAUGGAGAACCUUCUGUAUUGGAAGACGGCGAUGAACUUGCAUGUUUAGAUAUCGACAGUGAAAAGGAAUCGAGAAAAGCACUUAAUAGCUCUGUAGCACACGACUCCGGUAUGAACCAAACGGCAACAGAUAGUGAACCAGGUGGGACGACCUCGUUGCCUUGGUGGUCGCAAUUUUGCCAAAUGGACAUGGCUAAAAUGGAACUUGGUGGCAAAUUUGUUCUUCUCAUGGACAUUCUUCGUCAGUGUGAGUUCAUUGGCGACAAAGUACUCGUUUUCAGCCAGUCCCUCGUGUCGCUUAAUUUGAUUGAAGAAUUUCUUGCAAUUGAGAACGAACGGCAGGAGAAAAAUCGAACGAGUGUAGUCAGUAACGAAGAUCCUGUUGGCAGAUGGAAAAUCAAUCGUGAUUAUUUUAGGUUAGACGGGCAGACUUCAUCUGAAAUGCGUUCCAACGCGUGCAAUAUUUUCAACAAUCCAUUGAAUCUUCGAGCCCGUCUCUUCCUUAUCUCCACUAGAGCCGGUGGAAUAGGAAUCAAUUUGAUUGCAGCGAACCGUGUUAUCAUAUUUGAUGCCUCAUGGAAUCCUUCACACGAUGCUCAGAGUAUUUUUCGAGUUUAUCGUUUUGGUCAGCAAAAGCCCUGCUAUAUCUAUCGGUUCUUGGCUCAAGGUACAAUGGAGGAAAAGAUCUAUGAUCGCCAGGUCACGAAACUGUCGUUGUCUUGCCGCGUAGUUGACGAGCAGCAGAUUGAACGUCAUUUCAACUCGGCUGAUUUAAAAUACUUGUAUCUAUUUGAGCCUGACAGCCAUCUGCGCCGACCUACGCCUAUGGUGCCCAAAGACCGUCUUUUGGCCGAGUUGAUCAUUCAGAGGAAGGAAUGGAUAGUUACGUAUCACGAGCAUGAUUCUUUGCUAGAAAAUAAGUCGGAAGAAGAACUCACAGAGGCCGAAAGAAAAGCCGCUUGGGACGACUUCGAAAAUGAGAAGUGUGGCGCAAGUAUGGGGAACGAUUUCCCUGUAUUAAUGAACAUGCCUGGUAGAUUGUCGGAUAUUUUUGAAGCACUGGUUGGUCGAACGGUUGCAGGAGUUCCAUUAACUAGUGUAGCGUCUCUAAUCUACCAUUCAAAUCCAAACAUCAGUCAAGAGGAUUUUAUUGUAAGACUUCGAAUGACUGUGGAUCAGAUGGAAACCUUUUCUGCGCACCAAGCAAUAGCAGCUUCAGUUGAUACCUUAGCUGGCCAACGGCAUGGAGAUUCAGGAAGUCCAUCUGUUCUCCAGCGACUGUUAGCCACCGAUCAAAACGAGCACGUUCGUAGUAAUUCGCCACAACGAACAGCAUCGCCAGGCCAUACCGGUACUGAGGAGCUAAUUUCUCUUAGUCCAUAUAAUGAAGCUGGUACAACUGCACCUCAAUAAAGAAACCCAUUGAGAUCCGGAGCAGCUCUUUGAAACUUCCCCUAGCUGUCUUCUCUGUAUACGACAAAACGUCUGUGAGGGAAACCUUAAGGGAAUAGCAAAUCUCCUCAUAAUGGUUUUUCUGGGUUACGAAUUUUAACGGCAACGCUUUUGAAAGAUUAAAAAUAUCUGGCUUUUUAAUGUUAAUGUCGCUGGUGCAGAGUUGUUUACGUACUAAGAAAGUCAUUGUAAUAAUUAAAA